AUGUCUGCGAAUCCACUAUCCAUACGUAGCCAUGUCAACUCCCACAAGAUCUCUCUCCGAAUGCUUUUAAAUAGAUUUGAAUCAAUGUUAAUGGAAAGUAUGUCCAAGGCAAAGAAGUUCACUUAUGAGAGAUAUGGAUCAGCUCCACGAGUUUAUAUUGCUUGUACUGAGGAUUUAAUGAUGUCUGCAUCAUUUCAGCGUUGCAUGAUUGAACACAAUAAUAAGGUUAAGGAAGUGAUGGAGAUUCCAGAAGAUCAUAUGGCAGUUUUUUCCAAGCCUAAAGAACUCAGCCAAAGUAUACUGGAGUUGGCUAGUAAGCAUGCUUAG